GGCCGCGCACCAUCGCCUAUCUUGUACUGUAUAUAUUCCUCAAGAACUCGACGGAUAAGGCACUCUCAGGUGAUCGUGCCUGCAACCAAAUUCCUGUCGGACUCUAGAUUCGGGCUUUACUUCCUCGGCCAUCCACCACAAUCCAAUGAGAUAAAGAGGUGAUCUCUUACCAGCUACCUCGAUCGGGCCAGGUCGCAAGCAUAUAUUGACACCAGGACAACUCAGUCGUUAUUUGUUUUGCAGCUACCUUACGGACGACAACUUUCAUUAGUCUCUAGGUUUUGUUGAGCUUACCUGUGGCCAGAAACGUCGACAAGAGGACACAAAGGAUACACCAUGGCCGCCCCAAAUGGGCUGGGAGAGCCAGUCAAACUACCAACCGCCGACCUUGUCAAAGUCGAUGAUCACGUCUCACUCUUACCGCCGCUUUCUCGACGAGGCUACGGCCCAGGCCUCAUCCUCGUCAUGCCUGAGGAUGCACCCACAUACCCGCAUGCCGGCACCGUCUGCGUCGAUCAGAUCCCGCCUCCUCUUCUGAAGUGGGCGGAAGAAGGCUUCGCUGUCGUCGAGAUCCUAGCGCCCGCCUUCACCUCCAAAUCCACUGGCGCUGAUGCCGCACAGGGAGUCCUCACCAAAGCCAUCACUGCUCUCGAAACUUGCGAUACCUGUCGCGAGGAGGACGGCGUCGGAUUGAUAGUCUACGACGAAACACUAUGGGACAAAUAUAUCAGCGAAACCACCUUCGAUUCGAGGAUACGAGCAGCCGUCAUCUACGGCACGGCGAAGACAGGACAAACACCUACUUCACCGACGUCACUACCCUGCCUGUAUCAUAUCGCUGGACCGAUAAACCCAAACCCAGACUCCGCACCACCAAAAAGCAUCCAAGGCCUCAGAAUAUACUCGUAUCCUACAGCAAAGUCGGCGAAAUUCCCCAUACCAUGCCAGGCCGACUUCAACGGAACCGAUGAGUCGGUCGCGCAUACGCGGAACUUGGUGCAUCUGAAAAAGUAUAUCCGAGGUGCCGACUUCGACCUGGAGGCCAUCUGGGAAGAGCACACGUAUUUCGAGUUCGCCGACCGGUCCGCUGCGAAGACGAUGGGCACCAUGGUCCAGGAGCCUUACGUGAACCAUGUCCCAACUAUGACCGGCGGGAUCGGCCGUGAGAAACUGACAUGGUUCUACCAACACAAUUUCAUCCACAACAAUCCCGACGACACCGAGUUGCAGCUUGUAAGCCGGACGGUGGGCAUUGACCGUGUAGUGGACGAGUUCAUUUUCAAGUUCACUCAUGAUAGGCAGAUGGACUGGAUGAUCCCCGGCAUCCCUCCGACAGGACGAAGAGUUGAAGUCCCCUUCACCGCGGUGGUGUGCAUCCGCGGCGACCGGCUGUACCACGAACAUAUCUCCUGGGACCAAGCGUCCGUUCUUAUCCAGCUUGGGCUCAUGCCGGAAUACUUACCGUAUCCCCAUGCCUUGCCCGACGGGACAAAGUCGGCGCCAGGCAAGAAAUUCGAGUACAGGGUUCCAGCUGCCGGUAUUGAAACAUGCACGAAAAUGAUUGCCAAGAACAGCAUCCUGUCGAACGGGAUGUUCGAGUACAAGAUUCGGGAGGUCGAUGCAUAAUUUUUUGAGCGGCAAGAUGUUCAUGAAGUCAGCAAGUCGCGAGCUUGUUUGGCACAAGUGACGGUCAUGAUGGCCGCGAAGCGACCAGGAUUGUACGCCUUUGCUUCCGGUACGAGACGGUUUUCCGCUUCAUCUCGUAAAUUCUCACCGCUUGUGUGCCGUGUCCUUGACAAGGCCCGAAAUUCCAAGGUGAUAUAUACCUUGGGGUGCCUAGUAUAUAUAUUGAACUCCUCGAAUUCCUCUCGACAAUGGGUGAAUUCAC